CUUGAUGACCAACCAGGGAGAAUACCUGGAGAUUCCAAAUGCGCCUGACGAGGAGCCACCGGCUUAUGAUACCCUGGAGGACGCAUCCGGAGAGUUUAUACCCUAUGAACAAUUUGAUAUAGAUGAACCGGCACAGAGACCAAGAAUGAGCCCGCGUGAGCUGUUCCACAAUGCUGGAGAUUUCGCAAAGAGUUUCAACAAACGAUUUUUCCGUCCCAUAAACAACGCCUUAGACCCGGUUUAUGAGCUUUAUCGAUUCAUCAGCACCAAAACCGAAAGCUACAUAUCUAAAGUCGGCAAUCCUCUUAUCAUUAAAAGACUCCUAUAUGUGCUAUUUAUUGCCGCGCUCAUUUAUGUUAUAUCGAUGUCUGGCUUAUAUCCUGAGGCUACUGGGUCAUUGUACGGAGAUUUCUAUGAUGUACAGAAGCUCCAUUCCUACAUUGACUCCCACGUGGACGUUAGCAGAAUUGAAGAAAAUCUGGAGUACCUAUCCUCCAUGCCACACAUGGCCGGCACUGCUGGUGAUCUCGCUCUCGCUCGAUAUAUUGAGGAUAUUGUUUCCGACUCCGCGCUACAAUUGGAUGGAAACUCAAAAUUCACUGCAUAUGUCAACUAUCCUGAAAAAGUGCAUGCUAAGCUUUACCACGGAGAUAAAUUACUACACGAUUGUGACCUGAUCGAAAAAUUGACCGGCCAAGACGACAAUGAAAAUAACAUUGAAUUGCAACAGAUGGCAUUUAAUCCGGGAUCAAAAAGAGGUUCCGCCAAGGGUCGUGUGGUCUACGCCAACUAUGGCACGUUAGAGGAUUAUAAAUUGCUGAGGGAGAAAGGUGUGAAUCUCCAGGGCUCAGUGGUGGUGAUAAAAUAUGGAGGGCUCUUGAUGGAAUCAAAAAAAUUGUAUUACGCACAUGAGCAAGGGGCUUCUGGAGUCCUUUUCUUGAGCGAUCCGAAAUCAGGCUCUGCUUAUAACAUGCGUUCUAUACAAAAAGAACCUGUCGCAUUACCAGAUUAUUAUACCGGAAAUAUGGUGAGUCCUGGUGGAGGAGUUCUCGAUCGGGUCCCAGACUAUUUUGAUUUGAACAUCAUGUGGAAUUCCAACAACUGCACUCCACGUAUUCCAAGUAUCCCCGUCUCGUGGGAAAGCGUUAAGAACAUCAUGAUCCCUUUGAAGGGACAUGGGGAGAGAGUGGACGAAUGGACCCUGGAUUUCGGUAAUGAAAAAGUUGAAAUUUGGACUGGAAGUGACGAGUUCAUUAUUGAUAUGUCGAACGAAGUGGCAGAAAGAAUGAACAAGGAGGUUUGGAACGUUGCUGGACGGAUAACGGGAUCCGAGCAAAACAAUCUUGCAAUUGUCAUUGGGGCAGCAAGGGAUUCCCCGGGAUAUGGAGCUGUUGACAGCACGGGUACUGCAGUUCUCCUGGAGCUCAUUUAUUUGUUCUCCAACAUGAUGCGUGCAAUGAAAUGGAAACCCCUCAGAUCAAUCUAUUUUGUUUCGUUUUCGGGAACUGACUACAAUAUGGCUGGUUCUACCUACUUCGCUCAGAGUAAAAGUGACUUCUUCAAUCGCCAAGGAUACACUUACAUCGACUUGAGUGAUGCUGUGUCUGGCUCCAAGCUAGAGAUCGCGGCAGAUCCGAUUUUGCAUUCUUUGAUUGAAAAUUCCUUGAGCUUGGUGGAAGAUCCAGCCACAAAUAAAUCACUUGCUGAAGUUUGGGAUAAAGCCUUUUUAUCCAUGAGAGAUAAUACAAAGAAUUACCAGCCGUUCAUUUCACACUUUGGGAUGCCUGCCGCAGAAUUUCGAUUCAAGGGAAAAGGCUACCCCAAAAACAGCUGUUUGGACACAUUCGACAAUUUCAAGAAGCAGAAGAUCGACAGGGAAAUGCAAUAUCACAAAGCGCUGACUCGAUUAGUGGCGAAAAUCAUCUUACAGUUGACUGACAAGCCAAUUAUUCCCUACGAUAUAUUCAACAUGGUCUCUGCGAUUAACAGGAAUAUGAAGGAUUUGCGUUCUUACGUGGAGUUCAAGGAUAAGGACGCGAAAUUGGAUUUCACAAGAUUUGACACUUCCUUGAUAAAACUCAAAAGUAUUGCCAGGGAACAGCAAUCAUUUAUCAAGACCUGGACUGAAAUUGUUAACGCUGACUCGGGCUCAGAGCCAAAUCUCUUGGCUGUCAACAGGUGGGACUGGAAUGCAAAGCUUGUACUUCUAGAAAAAAUACUGCAAUCAUCUAACGGCAUAUAUGGUCGACCAUGGCAUAAGAAUGUUCUAUUUGGGACUGAAUUUAGAGUUCCUGAAACAAAAGAAAUGUCAUUCAUAUAUGACUCCUUCCCUGGUGUUCGGGAUGCGAUUGAUGUGGGAGACUGGAAAGAAGCUCAGAAGCAGCUUGAACUGAUUUGUGAGCUUAUGGACCAAUGUUUAGAUUUAUUUCAACUGAAUUGAAUUAGUUGGGUAGUUGGAUUCGAUUUUUGUAAUAAGUUCCUCGCUUCCGUCAAUCAUGGCGGUGAAUGAGUCGUCCACUUUAAUCAGUUUGUUCUGUAGUAAAGUGCGAACCAGAGCAAUCACUUGCUUCACAAACUUUAAGCCGUUCAAAAACUCUGCUGAUGGCUUUUCAUUGACGGCUUUCAAUAACGAUUCAUCUACGGAAGCAGAUGCUUUCUCAGCGUCCAGAUCAGCAAGGUAUGUUUCUAAGAAUUCCUGUGCCACGAUUCCCAAAAGAACAUUAGGAAGCGACUUUUUGAACGGAAUCUCCGUCGUGAGCUUUCUCCAAGAUUUAUUGUCUCGUUGGAAUUUGUCCAAGUCAUCGUGGUUUAGCAAUUCCAAAGCGAUGAUGUUCGAAAUUAGAAGAUCCUUUGUAUAUGAUUUCAGUUUAUCCAUCACCGAUCUGAACUGGAGUAAAGGUCUGUGGACUUUAUAGACAUAGUUGACAGGAUUGAAAUUUGACAUCGGUUGAAGAGAAAGAACUUUCGAUAUGAAAAUUGCGGCGUUUUUGUACUGCUUAUUGUCUGUCUUAAAAUCGUUUGGCAGUAUGAUAUCAUCAGCCUUCAACUCAGAAAAGCGCUUAAAGAAAAUAAGCAGCAAAAAGAGCGUUUCCACGUUGACUGACUUAGAAAGUUGAGGUAAAAGCUUUCCCCACUCAGUCAACAUGAAAUCAUUCUCCGAUAAAAACCCAUAGACGUACAACGUUCUAAGGAGGCCUGUCGAGAUGACUUCGUAGCUGGUGGAAAUUCUGGUGCCCUCUUCGUCUGCUUUUGGAACCACGGUAUCUUCCAAAAACUCGUCGCUCACUCCAGAGAGAAAAGCUGCUAAUUGGAAUGAUCUGGCAGUGUUGUGUCUAACAAGAAGCGGUUUCACUUUUAGAUAAAGAGGAGGAGUCAUUCUUUGGACAAGUUCAUACUCCUGACGACCAUUGAAAACGGUUUCUAGGCGCAAUUUUUUAAACUGGUAGUAUCUGUUGAGUGAAUUUGCAAACAGAUUAAGCGUUUUGCCUCGUAUCUCUAAAGA